AUGCCAGAUCGAUACGGUCUGGUCUCGUCGCUUUACGGGCCAGGUGCGAUCGCCUGCUGGUAUCUCACAACUUUAUCGAUUGUGGUCUCUUGGACUCUCCAUCCCAAGAAACGGAAAACGGGAUCGAUUGAUGUGGAUUUGAUCGCGCUGUUGACACUCCCAGCUGUUGCUGCUGGGCAUGUGAUAUCGCAGGCCUUGACACUAUUGUCUGAUUAUGACAUGUCCGCCAGUUCUGACAUCGGAGGCGAUCAAUAUGACCAGUCUAUCGCUGCUAUCGAAGCACCUUUCAGCAUUAUUGAGACAUUCAUGAUCAUUAGCGUCAUCUUGUUUCUCAUCGCAGUGUGGGCCCUUUGCCUGCGGCGAGCAAUAUGUGUGGCAGUAGUUGGUCUCCUGUGCCUCGCAACGGAAUGCUAUAUCAAUCUCUCGAGAUUUCAUGACCUCGGUAUCCAGUACCAGCGAUCAGGCACUGAAAAUGACAAAAUACCAGCGUUCAGUCGAUCUUUUGUCGCUGAUUUCUCUGGCCUUGUCAUAGCUAUCAUACUACUGCUAGCCAUCUUUGCUAUUGGUGCCUCUGCAAUCAUCACCUACAUCCUACGCUCUCGGAGAUCUUCUCAAGAAUCUGGUGGAACUUCCAGACCAACUAGAGAACAAAAUCUGCCUCGAGCACUGCAAAUGGGCGCUAGAGGUACACGAACCAGCGGUGGGAUCAGCAUGGUCUUUGCAUUUGCCAUCAUGACUCUCACCAUCAUUCCCAGCGCGAUGAACUCCAUACAAUUCUCCUACGCAAUACUUCGCGCGUCUGGAUAUACAAGCACUAUCUGGCCUCGCCUCAAGAUCUUUGCUGCUCACUUCUACCCUCGGUCGAGUAAUUCUUUUUCAGAUCUCGACCAAGCUGUCGCAACGGCUGCAGGUGCGACUGUUCUUGGAUUCAAUAUGUACAGUACUGUGAAAGCGCGCUACGCCAUGCAAAGCAUCGGACAACUCGCGCAGGACGGGAGCAACAGGAUUGAACUGGAACAAUUAGACCAGAAUGGUACGGUUUAA